AAUAGAGUUCGAGGUUGGGGCCAUGGACGCUCAUUGAUUAUGGCUUCAGAGGGAAGCUAAAAUGAUAUGAGAGAGAGAGAGAGAGAAGAGAGAAGAGAGAGAAAGCUUGGCUUCCAAGACACCAGCAACAACUAAACCUACUCUUGUUCAUCAUCUUCUGUUUCCCCUCUCCAAAACUUCUCUCUCUCAUUUUACUUCUUCUUCAUCUGCUACUGCUUUUUUUUUUAUGAUUCUGCUACUUAUUGUUUAGUUGGUACAGGAAAAAUAAAACCCAUCACGCAACUUUGCACGAGAAGCUCCACUGUAAAGCUAAGAAGAAAGCAGAGACCCUCAGAGUUUCACCCGUGAUCCACCGAGCUUUAACACUCAAUACCUUCUCUCUCUCUCUCGCUCUGUUAUAUAUACAACCAAGUUGAGCUCACAAAAACCAUAGGUAGAGAGAGAAAACAGAGAGACUGAAUAGAGUUAUUGAGAGAAAAGGGAGAGAUUAUGGGGUUGAGGGUGGUAUUGGGUGUGUUGCUUUUGGUGCAUUUCCAUCUGGGGGCGCUUGCUAUUCUUGACCCACUUGAUUUCUUGGCUCUCCAAGCUAUUAGAAAGAGCCUGGAAGAUAUGCCUGGUUCCUCUUUCUUGGCUUCAUGGGACUUCACCUCCGACCCCUGCAACUUUCCUGGGGUGCUCUGUAACACCGACAUUGAGCCCAACAAGGUGGUGGCUCUGAACCUUGGUGAUGCUAGGGCAGGUGCGCCCGGGCUCAUGGGCCGGCUGCACGGCUCGAUAGGCCACCUCUCGGCACUCCGGGAGCUCACAGUUGUGCCCGGUCGAAUAACUGGACCAAUUCCUGAGAGUCUAGCUGAUUGCAGAGAACUGAUGUUUUUGGGCAUAAGCAAGAAUUUUCUCAGUGGCCAGAUACCACCUGGUCUUGCUAGUUUGCAGAGGCUCCAGACCCUUGAUUUCAGCUAUAACCAGUUGAUGGGCUCGGUUCCUCAUGGCCUCGGCUCAUUGCCAGGCCUCGCAAACCUCAUUCUGUGCCAUAACAUGCUCACCGGCUCUGUUCCCCCAUUUGUUUCUCCCGCUCUGGUUCGCCUUGAUCUCAAGCACAAUGAUCUCUCUGGUCCCCUCCCCUAUACUCUCUCUCCUUCCCUGCAAUAUCUUUCUCUCUCUUGGAAUCGCCUCAGCGGAGACCUGGGCCGAGUCCUGGACCCAUUGCAGAGUCUGAACUAUUUGGACCUGAGCAUGAACAAGCUAACAGGGAGCAUCCCCUCCGCCAUAUUUAGCUUCCCUCUAUCUUCAUUGCAGUUACAGAGGAAUUCGUUUACUGGCAGUGUGACUCCUUUGGACGAAGUGAGUGUCGGAACUGUGGAUUUGAGCUAUAAUCAACUGAGUGGGCAUAUCUCGCCAUUGUUCGCCUCCGUCGAGAAUUUGUACCUGAACAAUAACAGGUUCACAGGGCAAGUCCCCGCGAGCUUCAUCGAGAGAGUUUUAGUGGCGGGUAUCCAGAUACUGUAUCUUCAGCACAAUUAUCUUACAGGCAUUGAGCUCAGCCCUCAGGCCUCCAUUCCUCUGACUACUUCUCUCUGCAUUCAAUAUAAUUGCAUGGUGCCACCAGUCCAGACCCCCUGCCCUCUCAAGGCUGGGAAGCAAAUGAUCAGGCCUACGCAGCAGUGCAAUGAGUUCAGGGGCUGAACACAUUGCACCACUUCUCUCUCUAAAAGCUUGUUUAGCCACUUGUUUUCAUUGGUUUUCUGAUUCAUUUAUUUAUCAUCGAUAUUUUCCGCGUAAUGAUUGAAGGUCUCGAUCAAGCAAUGGUGUUGCAGAGAUGAGUAGCGAGCAAUAAGCAGCAAGGAGUGAAAAUUUGGAGUAGGAAGAGAGGACCAUAGAUGGUUCCUCUGCUUUUUUGUUCGUUUAGGAAUAAUAUUUUUUGAGUUUCUUUUAUUUUUUUACUGCUACAAAUGCAACGGUGUGAAUAGAAAGUGUGCCACUAUCAUUCAUUUUU